CAAGUCACUCAGUCUACGUACACCCCUUUUCUGCAGCAGCGGUAGUGGGACCUCUGUGAUCUUACCCCCCGCUUCAUUGAGGAGACGCGCCUUCUCUUCAUACUCCUCCUUGUGUUCCUGCCAGCCCUCCGCCGCGGCUUUCGCAUAGUCUCCAGUGAACUGGGGACGUUCCUUCGGUUUCAUCUUCGGAAGACGAACCGUGUCCGGCAUAUUAUCCUUGAUGGCCGACUGGUACAGAUUCCAGGCAGAGACUUUCUUCACCUUGUACCGUCCAGCUUUGAAGUGUCCGGAAAGCAUGAUGCGGGAUAUCUUGAGGAUCUGCGAGCUGGUAAACUUGUUGUUGUUCGUUGCCGCGUGCUCCUCCGCGGCCUCCAGAAUCUUGUGGACGAAACUGUCGAAGAAUUCCACAUCCUCUGGUGCGAAUUCAAUCUCCUCACCAGUUUCAGGUUGCGCAUUGUUUCCCUGUUCUGAACCCUUCCUGCCCUUACCGCCAUUUGUGCUGCUACUGGUUUCGUGUCCAGCCUGCAAUGCCGGAGGGGUAUCUGACUCCGAGUCGCUGGAAGAGAGAGCGUCUUCUUCCGACUCGCUGCUAGACGCGGAUUCCGCAUACGAAAGCUCGUAUUCUCGUAGCUCCCCGUCCGAGCCGUCAUCUGCGUCUUCCGGCUCCGAAGCAUCUCGCUCGUAGUCGAGACGUGACGGCUGGUGCUCUUGAGGCGUGGCUGCGUCUGGACCCUGCAAAUUAUUUUUGUCGGAAGCCAUGUUUGCUGGUUGCGUUGGUCGUGGUGCUGUGUUGACAGUGGUGGGUGGGUUGAUGGUGGGUGGGUUGACGGUGCUUGAGUUGGUGGUAGUGAUGGCUUU